GCCGUUUUUGACGACGCACCCGGAUGUUGUCUGAAUGUCAAACAUGGCGUCCCAUGUGCUGCAGUGACUUGUUUCUUCAAUGUAAAUAUUAGCUUUUUAUUUCUGCUAAAUGGUAUUUUGUGACAAAAGAAGGCAGUUCUAUACGUCUAAAAAAAAUUGGGUUUGGCUCAUAAAUGGCGCUGAGUCGAAGUCUUCGUCAGCUGUUUGCUGUAAUUCCGCGAUGUAGCGUGUCCACUCAGCGAUGUAGCGUGUCCACUCCGCGAUGUAGCGUGUCCACUAAACUAGCAGCAGCUCGGUGUGUGACACAGUGGUCCUCCCAGCCGGAACACAACUUGCGAGAAAAUGAGGCCGUGAACCCAAACUUUGUCAACCGAAACCCGCGGAACUUGGAGCUCAUGUGCUUGGCGGUGAAGGACCGUGGAUGGAAGACGACGUGGCCUCACCGGGAGUUCCACCACAGGUUGGUGUUUUCUCGUAGUAUACGAUACGUGACAGUAGAGGUCUUCUCCUGCUCCUCGCUCGUCCCCGUGCUCUCCUGCUCCACCAAAGAGUGGGCGCUGAAGGAGGACCUGGCCUCCGCCAACUGCGUGGCAGCAUGUCAGGCCGUGGGCGAGGUGCUGGCGCGUCGGUGUAAGCAGGCGGGCAUCACCAGGAUGGUGUUUGAAGCCAUCCCCUGGACGUACCGCUCUGAUGCUGUUCAGUCAUUCCGAGCUGCAAUGAAAGAAGGAGGAGUCGUCUUCAGUGAACCAAGAAGGAAAUACAUCGGGACCUAAUUGAGGGUCGUCUAACAGCCACUGUGUUGUUUGGUGAAUAAAACCUUACCGGAAUGAAAAGAAA